AUGCCGAAAGCCGACCGGCGUGCCAAAUUGGCCGAGCUUCGUGCUCUUCGCCAGUCCGGCAAGAAGGCCUUUGAAACCUACAAAGUCGAAGAUGUAGAUGAUUUGUACGAGGAAGUGGACGAGAACCAAUACAAAAAGAUCGUCCGGGACCGGCUCAACGAGGACGACUUUGUUGUUGACGACAACGGCGAGGGUUACGCCGACGAUGGCCGGGAAGAAUGGGAUCGUCUCCCUCAGUACCACUAUGCUUCUGAUAGCGACGACGAGAUUCCUUUAGGGGGGAAAUCAAAGAAGGCCGCAGGGAAGCGAAAGGAAGAAGAGGCGGCAAAGAGGGAUGCGAACGACCGCGAUAUCACGGAAUACUUCACCAAGGGUGCCGGCAAAGCCCAGCAAAAGACCAAGGUUGUGAAAACAAAGGAAGACGACGACUUCCUCGCAGGCCUCCUGGGCGAAGUCGACUCCAACGUUCCUGCCCCUUUGCCUCGUCCAGCCAAACGCAACCGUUCCCCGCAACCACGCCGUGUCCGCGUUCUCUCCCCGGCUCCCGAAGCCACUCCGCCAUCCUUGAAGAGAAAGAAGGUCGUCGAUGACCGAUUGCCGUCACCACCUGCACCAGACAGCACCUUUAUGGAUGACGAUUUCAUCCCCCCCAUGGACGAUAGCCCUGUUCCUAUGGUCCACGAUGUACAAAUGAGCGACCUCGCCCCGUCGUCUCCGGCUGCGAAAGUGGCCGAACGCAAGGCUCGGAUCAAAAAGGAGCCCCAAGAUGACGAAGACGAUGAGAUGAUGGAAGUGGCGCAUACUGGGACCGUUAAAGCAGCGAGUGUCAACCUGGCUGGCUCCCGGCCGCCUAAGAAGCUCGUCAAGCCAGACCCGUAUCCCUCGCCCCUUCAGUCGUCACCACCGGUGGGCACCGAUGCGGCCGUCGACUCGUCUUCUUGGAACAACAUCACGAACAACCUCAAUGUUGUUAGCAGUUCUCAUGAAGAGGUUAGAAGUGCGGGGAAGAUCGACUACAAAGACGCCGUUGAGGAAGACGGCAGCUUGAACAUGUUCUGGACCGACUACACCGAAGUCAACGGCAGCCUUUGCCUGUUUGGCAAAGUCCUGAACAAGAAGACUGGCCAGCACGUCAGCUGCUUCGUGAAGAUUGAUAACAUCUUGCGAAAGCUCUAUUUCCUUCCUCGCAAAACCCGUGUUCAGGACGGAGAGGACACGGGGGAAGAGGUCGAGAUGAUGGAUGUUUACAACGAAGUCGACUCCCGCAUGUCCAGCAUGAACGUGGGCUUCUACAAGAUCAAAUCCUGCACCCGAAAGUACGCCUUUGAACUGCCUGACGUCCCCAAAGAGGCGCAGUACCUCAAAUGUCUUUAUCCGUACAAUAAGCAGGUGAUAGACGCCUCCAAGCCUGGAGAGACCUUCUCUCAUAUCUUCGGCACCAAUACGGGAAUGUUUGAACAAUUCGUUCUCUGGAAAAACAUCAUGGGCCCCUGCUGGCUCAAGAUCAAAGAUGCUGAAUUUGGCGCCCUGAAAAACGCGUCCCACUGCAAGUUGGAGGUCCUCGUCGAGCAUCCCGAUAUGGUGGCUCCCAUCAACGAGUCAGAAAGCCCCGACACUCCUCCAUUGACUCUGAUGAGCGUCGCUCUGCGGACUAGAUAUAAUGCGAAGGAUAACAAACAGGAGAUCCUGGCCAUCAGUGCCAGAAUCUACGACAAGGUCUCUCUGAGCGACACGACUCCGGCUGAGAAGCUCCCUUGCCGCACGUUCACACUCGUCAGGCCAAACGGCACUUCCUUUCCUAUGGGGUUUGAGAAGACGGCCAAGGAGCGGAAGAAAGGUCUCAUCAAGACUUUCCGUCAAGAGUCUGAGAUUCUGAUGUUCUUCCUGGCCCAACUGGACGUCGUGGAUCCCGACGUAAUCCUGGGCCACCGGCUGGAAGGCGUCGACUACAGUGUACUCCUGAAUCGGCUCCACGAGAAGAAGACGCACCAGUGGUCGAGACUGGGUCGCCUCAGGCGGCAACAGUGGCCAGCUGCCAUCGGGAAGACCGGCGGUAACGUGUUUGCCGAGAGACAGGUCAUGGCCGGCCGUCUGUUGUGCGACCUUGCCAACGACGCCGGAAAGUCGGCCAUGUACAAGUGCCAGUCGUGGAGCUUGACCGAGAUGUGCAGCCUCUACCUGCCCGGUAACAACCAUCGCCGCGACGUCGACAACGAGGCCGCUCUCAAGACCUGGGCCACUCACUCCAAGGAGGGCAUGAUGGACUACGUCACGCACAUCGAGGCGGACACGUAUUUCAUCGCUGCCCUGGCCCUCCAGGUCCAACUGCUGCCCCUGACCAAGGUGUUGACCAACUUGGCCGGCAAUUCAUGGGCGAGAACACUCACCGGCACCCGCGCCGAGAGAAACGAAUACAUUCUGCUGCACGAGUUUCACAGGAACAAGUACAUCUGCCCAGACAAGCAGCAGACCUUUUCCAGGGGUAGGCCGAGCAACGCGGAGAACCAAGACGAAGAGGAAGGCGAGGGGAAAAAGAAGGACAAGUACAAGGGCGGUCUUGUUUUCGAGCCCGAGAAGGGCCUCUAUGACAAGUUUGUUCUCGUCAUGGACUUCAACUCGCUGUAUCCGUCCAUCAUACAAGAGUAUAACAUCUGCUUCACGACUGUUGAGCGAUCGGCUUUGAAGGAAGAUCAGGACACCGUACCUGAGGUUCCGGAGAACAAGGAACAGGGCAUUCUUCCCAAGCUCAUUGCCACUCUCGUCAGCAGGAGAAGACAAGUCAAGAGCCUGAUGAAGGACAAGAACGCCACGCCGGAGCAGCUCGCCACCUGGGACAUCAAGCAGUUGGCCCUGAAGCUCACCGCCAACUCCAUGUACGGCUGUUUGGGUUAUACCAAGUCGCGGUUCUACGCCAGGCCACUGGCCGUGUUGACGACUUACAAGGGCCGAGAGAUUCUCCGCAGCACCAAGGAGCUUGCCGAAAGCAAUUCGCUUCAGGUGAUUUACGGCGACACGGACUCGGUCAUGAUCAAUGCCAACGUGGACAACGUAGCGGAUGCCAUCAGGGUCGGCAACGACUUCAAAAGGGCCGUCAAUGAGCGGUACAGGCUGCUCGAGAUUGACAUCGACAGCGUCUUCCGACGUAUCCUUCUGCAGGCCAAGAAGAAGUACGCCGCCAUCAAUCUCGUGGAGAACAACGGCAAGUACAUCGAGAAAAUGGAAGUCAAGGGUCUGGACAUGAAGCGCCGCGAGUACUGCGCCCUGUCCAAGGAGAUAUCCAGCAAGAUUCUCAAUGAGAUCCUCUCGGGGGACGAUACCGAAGAGUCCGUCUCUCGCAUCCACGAAUAUCUGCGCGAGACUGCAGGGAAGAUGAGGGAGCAAGCGAUUCCCGCGCCCAAGUACAUCAUCUUCACUCAGCUCGGCAAAGCGCUCAAGGAAUAUAACAACAGCGAUUCCAUGCCCCAGAUACAGGUCGCACUCCGCGAAGUGGCUCGUGGCAAGAAUGUCCGCAAGGGCGAUGUCAUCUCUUACAUCAUCACCGGCGACGGCAAAAGCUCGGAGCCGGCCCCCAAGCGAGCGUACGCGCCCUCGGACGUCCUCAAGCCCGGUUCGGACCUGGUCCCGGACGUGGAGUGGUACAUCGGCAAGCAGAUCUUCCCUCCCGUCGAGCGUCUCUGCGCCAACAUCCAGGGCACGUCCACCAUGCAACUGGCGGAGUGCCUCGGCCUGGACAUCAAGCGGUACAACGUGCAGAAGAGACACGACGGUUCCGGCGACAACGACUUUGAGAUCCACCCGCUCGAGUCCCAGAUUCCCGACGAAGUCCGCUUCGCCGACUGCGCGCGCCUCACUCUCCGCUGCCGCUCCUGCAAGGCCUCCUCCGUCUUCGAAGGCCUCUACGCUCAGCCCUCCGGCGUGUCGGCCUCGGGCGUGCUCUGCCCCGCCUGCGGCGCCACCAUCCCCCCGCUCUCGGUCGUCGCGCAGGUGGAGCACGCCGUCCGCGUCCAGACGGCCCACUACUACGAGGGCUGGCUCAUAUGCGACGACUCGUCCUGCUCCGUCCGCACGCGCCAGAUGAACGUCUACGGCACGCGCUGCCUGGGCCCGCGGGGUCUCGCCCGCGACUGCCUCGGCCGCAUGCGCUACGAGUACUCCGAGAAGGCCAUCUACAACCAGCUCGUGUAUUUUGCCGGCCUGUGGGACGUGGACAAGGCGCGCGAGAAGGCCUCCGCCGCCGCCGCAGCCGCCGCCGCCGCCGAGGGCGAGAAUUGCCUCUCGCGAGAGGACCGGGAGAAGAUCCUCGCUUUGGCGGAGCAUAACCGCAAGCGGUUCGACACGGUCAAGAGCGUGGUUGACAAGUACCUCGAUAAAUGUGGACGGCAAUGGGUCGCCAUGGAUACGCUGUUUGCUAAGCUUGGCUUCAAUAAGCUUGUUACCCCCACUGCCUGA